CCUUGUUGCUAGCGCCUCUCAUCUCUUCGACUAUAAAAACUCGCGUUUGCUUAACCGUUGCCUUGAAGAAUCGUUCUACUCCGAGGCGAGCGUCGAAUAUCAAGCGUCGGCGAUUGCGGGCGACGAGGAGGCACACGGCCAUGGCGACCUACCUCGGCGACCAGGAAGACACCGUCGAAACCCUAGAAUACCUCCUCCAAAUCAGCAAGAGCAUGGCCGGCCGCGACCGCCUCAACGCCGACGAAGGAAUCCUACCCGGCGUCCUCCGCCGCCUUUCCUCAUCUCCUGAGCCGCUCCUUUUGCCUCGCCUUUUACUCGUCCGAAACCUCUGCUACGGCGACUGCGCCAACCAGGAAGUCUUCCUCUCUGCCGGUGGCCUCGAUCGGGUCGCUUCCGCCCUCAUCGGUCAGGCCUCCAUCAGCUUGGAUGCCGUUCGGACGGUGCUUCAGAUCCUGGCCAACUUCGUUGCCAGUGACGAGGCAAACAAGGAAGCGGUGUGGGCUCGGUUCUUCCCCCUCUGGUUUAACGAGUUGUCUAGGUCGAGGGACGCUGCCAUUCACAAUACCCUCUGCAGGGUUUUGCUCGCCUGCUGUACUGAAGGGGAAUGGCGCCGGAGGCUGAGCGAGCUUCUCGAGAUCGAGAGGGGAUUACCAAUUCUACUGAACAUUGUCGCCACCAUGCUCCGAGUUAUUCAGAACGAAGCGCCCGCGCCAUUCUACUUUCUCCUAGGAAAAGCUUGUGUCCAGGAAGCAUAUUUUACCAUUGUGUUUCAGGCCUUGAGCUCGAAUAAUUUCAUGGACAUUGGGAGGUGUGGUGUUAACUUCACUGAAGAGCAAAUAUUCCUUCUUCAAAUACUAUCAGAUUGCUUGCACACCUUUCCUCGACAUCUUGAAACCGUUUCUAAAAAUUUUGCACUUGGUCUUCUUAAAAUUUUGAUAGAAGCUUACAGGGUUAUCAGUGAUAGAUCCCUAAAUGAAUCUAAUUCCAAGUCUGGUCCUGCAAAUAAAGCCCUACAUUUCUCACUCCUGAUCUUGAGGGACAUGUUCUCUUGGAAACAAAGUGUAACAGCAACUGAGGACCCUGCUGACUCAUUUCAGUGCGAAGAUCUGGUAGAGCUUCUUUUAAGAUUUCUUCGAGAACUUGAACCCCCGAUUACUACUGACGAUGGAAAAAUGGAGGCUUUGUUGAACCCAAAAGUGCCCCUUUAUGUUAACUUCCGGAAGGAUGUAGUUUCUGUCAUUUGCAAUUAUUUAGGUGGAAGGAAGCAGGUUCAAGAUGAGAUCAGAAAGAAGGAUGGGAUCCCUCUUUUACUGCAACAGUGCAUUGUUGAGGAAAGUUAUUAUCCUAACCUGAGAGAAAUUGCCACAUUAACUAUCCGAAACUUGCUGGAAGAUAAUCUAGCCAACCAAUAUGAAGUCGCCCAACUCGAAUUGAAAGAGCCAGUCAUCACACCUCAAAUUGCUCAAAUGGGACUGAAGGUGGAAAUAGACAAGGACACUCGGCGCCCAAAGUUGGUAAAAGAAGAAGAAAAAGCUUUCUGCUAGUUUUGAUCAGAAAUUGCCUUUGGACUCGAGAAGCUACAUGACAUACAUUCUCCUUUAUCUCAUUCCUUCCUUUGCAAGUGGCUCAUUGUUCGUGCACAUCUUGGAGAAAGAAAAAUGGAGUUUAGAAACUUUAUUAUGGCUUAAUAAUCCUGUUUACAGGAAUCUUAUUUUUCUCUUAGUUGUUUUGUUGUCUACUCUAGCUGUAAGAAAAUAACAUGAAAUUUUUUUUAUCGAUAUACUGUCUAUUUGUAGUUAUCAGAUACUUUGCGACACA